AUGGCGUCUCGAAAAUCGGUUGAUAAAAUAUGUGCAUCUUUAGCUAGCCAAACACCGAAGACAAGGAAGAAUAAAGCGUCUAGAAAGAGGCCGGCCCCGGUUGAUGAAGAACUGUUGGAAGAAGAUUUUCAUGAAAAGCCAGAUUCCGAUGAAGAUUUCCAAGCAUCACAGUCGUCAGGGGACACAACUUCUGAUAUUGAGCUAAGCGAUAAUGAUAUGGAAAUCGAUGAGGAGCAUAGUGCCCAACCAGGAACUUCAAAAGCUGUGGCUGCAGCGUAUGAAGUGGCUGCAAAUAUCGCUAAAUCUAAGAAGAAGGCGAAUAAAAAAGGAAGAGGCUUCUCGCCGCUGCUGGAUUUACUUGAUGUGGCUCCGGUAACUACCACGAAUUUUUGUGCAACUGGAGGAACUCCAUAUUUAUCAUAUAAUGAAGAAUCAUGGAGUCCCUUGUAUUUGUAUCGGUUGCCCUCUGAUAUUGUUUUGUCCACCAUUCGAGAACAUGGCACUGAAGGGCUGGGGCGAGCUGAGAUCGGCAAGAAACUUGGGAUGGAUACCACUGCCAAGGCUGGAAAUCGGCGUGUAUCAUCUCAUAUCCUUACAGCUUGUAAUGAACAUCCUGAGCAUGUGGGGCAGUUCCAAAAAAUGGAAGGAAAAAUUCGGUGUAUCAAGUACUUCUGGAAAGCCGAAAGUGAACCCGAACAGUUCAAAAAACUGUUCAAGGAUUUUGAAAAGAUGGCGGGAAGACCCUGUCCAUUCAAGCUCGGACAGGUCGUCAAGUUCCCCGAUACUAACCUGAGUACACUGCGAAUAUCUGAUGUGACGCUUCGCCGUCUUACGGACUUACUCGAAAUUACUGCUAUCAAACGAGUUGUGGUUACAAUUCACAAAGUGCUAAAACUGGUCCAUGAACGGGAGCUAGGUUACGGAUAUGAUUUCUUGAUCGAUAAGAAGUCACUGAUAAAGUGUUUGAAAGCACUGGAAAAUGCGCAUCUUAUUCGGGUUUUUGAGACAAAUGUCGUCGCCGAAAGUAUCGAGAACAGGGUACAAAUUAUCUGCCAUCGUGAAAUUCGUUCUACCGACGAUCCGGAGGUGACAGAGGCAAUUCAGGCCACGGUUGAUGAAUACCAUCAAGAAGGACGGGUCUUCCCUCAUGGGCAGUUUGAGGUACAGGUAUACUCCGUGAAGAAAAGAGCUGAGAUUGAGAAACAGUCAAAGGUUCUUGAGGAAUCUUUCCAAGAUAUCGUGAAGGAGUACGACAAUGGGAUUGAUUUAGCAUCGCGAUAUCAACUUUUGCGGCUACAGACCUCCCGAUCGGCUGCUAUUUUAUCGAUAAAGAAAGUGGACCGCUCGAUAUUGUCACAGAAGUCCGAUUCGGUAGCGCAUAAGGAAAACCAGAACAUUCCCGACUCACCGGCUUCAGAAUUAUUCCAUCAUCCAACUGGUAGGGAGGAUGUCUUGUCAAACGGAAAGGAUAAACCUAUGUCAAUCGAUACGAAGCUGUCGCCAAGCGCUACAUUAUUAGGAUCUGAGGGAUGGUUUAUGAUUCAAGACUUCCUAUUUGCUCUACCACUGUCAGCCUUCGUUCUGGUUGUACAUGUCAACAAGAAAAUAGAUAAAAAUAUACUGCAGUCGUAUCUUACGGACCCAAUCAAAAGGCACAUUUGCAUUGGUUGUCUUCCUAAUGAAGUGCGGAAUCCCAUACUCAAGGACAAGAAAAUAGUGAAGCAGCUAGAACACAUUAUGCUUACACUUUGUGCCUUGGGCUUGAUGGCGAUCGCUCCAAAUCCGGAUGUGAAGCGUUUUGUAUCUCCUCGAGCAUCAGUGUUCUAUGUUAGUAGGAGUGGUAUGCUAUACGACACAAGUACGAGUGCUCGAGGUUAUGCUUCAGUAACCUUACCGCUGUCAAUAUACGAUAAGUACAACUAUGAAUUCAAUAGUGUUGAUGAUGUUGUACUUUAUUGGCAUCAUCUUCGUGCAAUCGUGCAAUCCACUCCACUUGCGUUUCGCAAUGACGUGAAUUCCGAGGAAAUAAGUCAAGCACGGCACAAGAAAUACAGCAUGGGACAAUUUGACAAGUGCUUGGUUACACAAGAUCCACAAGAGAAGGUUGAUAGCAUAACACCUUUGGGACCUAAUGAGGGUGUUGCUGGAUUCGAUUCUGCACUCUAUAUCCACCUGAAACGUCACUGGGACGUUGAUCCUGGUCAAAAUUCAUGUGUCGGCUGGUUCAUUGCGAGGUUUCGAAAGCAAUCCGACAAAGUUCGAAGUAUUGUUGAAACAAGAGUAGCCAAUUUGAAAAAGGAUUGGAAUAGUUAUGCUACUCAGACAAAGGAUGGCUUCUUCCCUACGGCACGUAACCCUGUGGCCAUCGAUCCGACAGCCAAGAAACGACCGAAUGUGAAAAAACCGUCGACGCCCACAUCUACGCCCAAGAUCUACACCCAAAGUAAAAAGAAGCGUCCAAUGGAUAGCGUGGAUCUUAUCAGUGCACAGAAUCGUCUUCAUUUACGCAGUCGAUUCAAUUCGAGAGAAAGGGACAUGCUAAUCAUGAUCCGCGCAGUCGGCUUUUUCCUUAACCCUGUGUAUCGGUUUUGGCUUGACCCUGCUGUAGUGAGAGAUAUUAUGCAUGAAAAUAUACCGGAAUCGCGCAGCAAGACAGUUCAAUCUCUUAUGGCAGCCGGUGUCCGAGAAAUGGUUCGUCCUGCUCGACUGGCUUAUCUGCAAAGGAUAGUGCGCAACCUGUCAACCUUCCAGGAGAUGCGUGAUCUUCGUUUCCUCCUUGCAUCGUCUCCUUUGUCAACUGCUGAGUCAAAAGCGACCUUUUUUAGAAAUGCUUUUGAUGUUGCAAAUCGACUACUUUUUAUGGAAAGCCAAGUACUUCCUGUACCGGCGACAUCCAAUAAACAAUUUGAGGACUUUCUCAAAUCUAGUCGACUCACCAUAUCUCCGGAACAUACCAUCGCCGCUCCCUUACCGUUACGCUCUCAACCACCUACAUCUUUGGAACAUAUACACCAUUGUGUUGCAGUAAAUAUACUUCUGUCCAUUCUUAUUCACUCAACAGAUGGAGCCUUCUCUGAAUCGAUACUCGAUCAGAUCUCUGCAGCAGUGAUAUCCAAUGCCUUGCAAGUUUUACGAGCUGAUGGACUGGUGUCUCGAUCUCGAUCUCUUGAUCCUCAAUUAAUGGUGAUAACAAAGAAUCAGGCCAUACUUUCGUAUUAUUUCCGACACUUCUUCGCUCAUCGCUUUCAUCCUGAUGUAGUGGACCAAUCACUGGGUGUUUUCAACAUAAUCGAUGACUCUAUCAAUGGAACCGAAGAGCUGGAGGGAGAUCUCGCUGGUGCUCUUGUUGUUGCGUCAUCCGCCUUCUAUAAUGACAGUAGUCUAGACGUUUGUGUUGAUGACGAAGUCUUCACCAUGUUUGAAAGCGCAGCGCUUGAGCAGUCAACGCAGUCAAUCAAACAAAUUCGUUAUUUGGAAAGUGCUGAUUUACAUUUGGAGAAAAUCCAUGUCUAUCAAGGCAGUGUUUCGGAGCAUCCAGAGCUGCCAUCUUGGCAGUCGUUGUUGCAAAUUAUUGAUUGGUCUCAGCCGGCAGAUAGACAUCCACCUCCACCGUUUGAAGAGUUCCUGUUAGACAUUCCUGUCUCGCAAAGGAAAAAUUUGAGAUCAGUCUAUAAGCCUAUCAAAGAAGCAGGAGUUACGGGUGCCAAACUGUCCGACAUAAAGAUCGUACCCGUUGGUGUGGAAUCGCAACGUUGGGUGGUGGCAGAGUUUGCCUCGGCGUGGUGUGUAGUUGUAGGCGGCAGGCUUGUCUCCCCUCGCCCUUGGACGAUGCCUACAGGAGAAGUUUGUGUUUCUACGGUCCGAUGGAUGGCAGAAAGUGUUCUGAUGACGGCCGUAUCUUCACCUGGUAUAACAAUGAAGGAAGUGUGUUUCCGAUUGGAGUUUGCCUUGCAGGGCGCUGCCGUCUACGAUUUGGUCACCGUUUUGGAAGCCGCCGGCUGUUUGAAAGUCGUUGAUGAGGUUUUCGAAAAUAUGAACUUGACAUCUCCUUUCCAAGAAGGUCAGAAGGAUAUCGCCGUUGCCUACGUUCUUCCAGUGGUGGACAGUGUCGAGAGGUUUUCAAAGAUAUUUGGAGGAUUGAAAGUUAGGGUGGAAACCUCGAUGAGUGAUGGUCCGAUUGCCCAGCCAGCGGGUCCGUCAUGGUGGUCCCUAUCCUACUGGACUGGGAGGAAUAGCCGAAAUCCGCCCGUGCAGGUCCCGACGGAACCUUCCGUGAGUACGGCAGCGAAGGCGGAUGUGGUGAGAAAACUUGAGCCAUCUCCAUCAGAGGCAGCACCACAGACAGAGGGAUGUGUCGAAGUAAACGCCAAGGAAUUGCCCGCCUGGGAACGAAUACGAUUACUGUACACACAGCCAAGCAUGGAACGGGAUUGUACCAUGAGGGUCACACGUAUGGCGUUCCUCAGUGGGUUUUUCUUAGGUGGUAUAUCGACGUAUGCACAGGCUAAAGAAACAUUCGAAAGAAGUAAUGUUGGUCGCAAAUAUCUAAGUCCAAGCGAUGCAGUUAAACGGCGAAUGGACUACGCAAUUUUACGUUUCGCUAAAAGUGGAUUUUCCAUGGGUUUCAAAUGCGCCUUCAUCUCUGGCAGUAUAGUGCUUUUGUCAACUCACUUUGGCGGCAUA